AUGCUGCGAAAUGGGAAAGUGUGGCGUGCUGACGAAACUCGAAGAGGCUCGGCGAGGUCAAUGCGAUGGCCUGACCCUUCGCGAUUGCGUCCCUCGCCCGUGCCAGAAGACGCCCGAAUUGGUGAUAAGACGCACAGCAAUUGCCAUGGAUACAGAGAGGAGCGUAGCCUCUUGACGGGCAUGAUUCGCAAGAGCAAUCGGCCCAUCUCCGCGUUCGAGUUCUCCGCGUUCGAGUCAGGACGGAUACCCGGCCGGCGCUCUGCGCCUCAAUCAACGGCUGAAGAAACCGACGCACUGAUCGACCGCAACGUCGACCGCAGAGGAACGUGCUCGAGUAACGUUGAUGGAAAACGGCUGCCAAUGACGCCCCACGCGAGCUGUUUCCAGCGACACAAGACCUGCGGCGGCACGAGUCGGGUCCACGGAGGCUGCGCUGCAUAA